AUGUCUUCAACCUCUAUCAAAAUUCACCAAGGAAGCAACCACGCCGAGCAGCCGGUUCUGACAAAUGCACAACUCAACCAACUGUUUACCGAGGCUCUCAUCGUAUCUGUCGCUCUUGGUCACACGAGAGGAGAUCGUCUUGAAAAGAAAGGCCCAUCUUCUGGCCCAAGUUUGACUAGCAUCCCUCUUCCUGAUUCUGAUAAGCGUGUCUUCCUCGACAGCUUGGCGUACCUCUGUGACUAUGAACAACAUGGCAAGAGCGUUACAGCAGUUGCAUUAGAACAGACGAAUGGCGGGCUUCUCUAUCGCUUCGCUCCUAAUAACAAUGAAUGUUCGAUGAAGACGGAAGAGUUUCUCACAACUAUUCUUCGCAAGUUGAAGAAUGCCACCAGGUUGAGAUAUGAUCGCCUCUUGGAAGAAUUACUUACCAUAGUGUUCAAGCAGAACUCUCCCAGAAUCGAACGGUACGCUUCAAGGCUUGAGGAGAGCAUCAAUGCUCUAAUCAAACACUUGACAGCGAUAGCUGCAGCCCAAGAUCGACACCUUCUCGGAGUACUAGAGGCUCUCGGAAGAGAAAUCCACAGACCGAGAAGUCUUUGUGAUCUCAGUCAUCAAUAUUGCAGUACACCGUUUCCAUCUAUGGACCUUUCUCCCGCAGCCAGCGAUGCUCAAAACAUCAAACGGCUCGACACUAUUCGACAUGUCGUCAAGCAGCUUAGCCACACCAUCGAAUGCGUGAAAGUUCUUGUUCAUGCAAGCUCACAUUCCUCGGGACUUUUAAAGUCUUAUAACAUAGCCAGGAUUGUAUCAAACAUUUCUCUUAUACCGCUGACAGUAGCGAAAGAAACAGGAAUACACGACAUGGUUAUUUGGAUGCUGGACGACCCCACUGAGAUCGGUCAUCCCAAUCAUGUCUCCGGAAAGUUCGAAGUGCCAGCUUGUCACAACAAUGCUUAUGUUUGCUGGAAGAUGCUAGACAUCUCCGAUACAUCGACUCCCGAAGUUGUCGAAUAUCAGAAUGAAUUCUUGACUGACACUACCAAGAUGAUGCAAAAGGAGGUGCUUGACCAGCUGGCAAACCGGCGGAUGAGGCCUUUACAACGAACUAAUUCAGAGUAG